CCAAAUAUGAGUGCAGUUUUUUUUUUGGGGUCACUGCAGAGAUUGUCACAGCACAGUAUAGGAUGUGAGCUAAGUCACUCUACGCAUAAUAAGCCACUGAAUUAGUGUUUCUUUCUAAUGUCCAAAGAAACCUAGAGAGAGAAAGAGAAAGAACAAAAGAAAUAGAUUAUAUAUAUUUAGUAUUAUGUAAAUGACUCACAGAAAGCCAUUUUUGGGGAUUUGGUAACGUCGAUUCAAGGUACUUAACAAGAUAGAACAGACCACAACGGCAGCAGCAGAGGAUACCCGGAAAAAAAGAAAAAGGAAAUUACUUUGGCUCUGAAAAUACAAAUAAAGACCAUUGGUAGGUGUAGCUUAAGAAAUGGCGGUUUUGGUUUUUCGUAACUGAAGCGGUGAAUAGGGACAGACUCAGAUAGCAGAACUGCACCACAAGCCAUUAAAAAUAUCACAGUCGUUACAGAGAGCCAAAGAAAAAGGAAAAAAGGAGAGAUAAUUGUACGACUUCUGAUAAUUAUGAGUGUGCUUGGCAUAACCGUCCUGUCUGUUUAGCUCUUUAUUAUUUCUUUGGACUCUUCGUCUUCUUCUUCUCUUCAUCUGGGUCUUCCUUGUUCUCAAAUGGGGUAGCCUAUUAUGCGUUAUAGUGCGUAAAGAAGAGGUCUUUUUUAUCCGCUCGCGCCUUUUGCUUUCUUGGUGUUUUUUCUAUUUUCGUAUCCUUUUCUGGGCUCUGGUACGACACGUCGUUUUUCGGGGGUGUCUGGGCUUUGAAUGGCUCAUCUUGAAGGUGGCUCGUCGAUUUCUCGUUCCGAAACAGGUCCGGAGGACAGUAUUUUCAAGGAACUAUGGAACGCCUGUGCCGGUCCUCUGGUGGAGGUUCCUCGGCCAGGAGAGAGAGUCUUCUAUUUUCCUCAAGGUCACAUGGAACAGUUGGAAGCAUCCACAAAUCAGGAAGUGAAUCAGCAACUCCCUCUUUUUAAUCUUCCCUCCAAGAUCCUUUGUAGCGUGCUUAAUAUAGAAUAUCUGGCAGAACAAGAAACUGAUGAAGUUUAUGCUCGGAUCACUUUGGUGCCAGAAACCAAUCAAACAGAACCAACAAGUCCUGAUCCAUGCGUUGAUGAACCUGCACGGCCGAAUGUUCAUUCGUUCUGCAAGAUUUUGACGGCGUCUGAUACAAGUACCCAUGGCGGCUUCUCAGUUCUUCGAAAACAUGCCACUGAAUGCUUGCCUCCUCUGGACAUGACACAAACAACCCCAACUCAAGAGUUGGCUGCUAAAGAUCUUCAUGGCUAUGAGUGGAAAUUCAAACAUAUAUUUAGAGGCCAACCGAGAAGGCAUUUGCUUACCACAGGAUGGAGUACAUUUGUUACUUCCAAGAGAUUGGUUGCAGGCGAUGCUUUUGUGUUUUUAAGGGGUGAUAAUGGUGAACUGCGAGUUGGUGUUAGGCGUCUUGCUUGUCAACAGAGUCUCAUGCCUUCAUCUGUGAUUUCAAGUCACAGCAUGCAUCUUGGUGUGCUUGCUACUGCUUCUCAUGCUUUCAAUACCCGAACUCUCUUUGUUGUUUACUAUAAGCCGAGGACUAGUCAAUUCAUUAUUGGCUUGAACAAAUAUCUUGAUGCUAUGAACAAUAAACUUACUGUUGGGAUGCGCUUUAAGAUGAGAUUCGAGGGUGAAGACUCACCUGAAAGAAGGUUCACGGGCACUAUUGUUGGGGUUGGAGAUCUAUCUUCACAAUGGGCUAAUUCAAAGUGGCGGUCUUUGAAGAUUCAAUGGGAUGAACAUGCUUCCAUUCCAAGACCAGAGAGGGUUUCACCCUGGGAAAUAGAGCCUUUUGUAGCUUCAUCUGCCCCUCUAAACCUAACUCAACCAGUAACAAAGAACAAGAGGCCCCGACCUGUUGACAUUCCUCAAUCUGAAAUUACUCUCAAUUCGGCUGCCUCGUCUUUUUGGUAUCAAGGAUCAACAACACAGUCGGAAUUGACACAAUUAGGUAGCUCUGCUGAUGUCCAAAGCUCUGAUAGUCAGGCUGUGUGGCCUUUGAAGAAUAAAGAUAUAAGUAACGGGAACUAUUAUGGCUCAAUGUUUCGCUCUGAAGGUAUCUGGCCUUCUCCUCAUGUUGGUAUUUCUUUGAAUCUAUUCUCAGAAUCUACAGGAGAUGCCAAGACUGUUUCUGCAAGGUCUCUUCUUUCUGGUUGUGACUCCUCUAUCUCAUCAAGGGUAAAUGACCAGUAUGAAAAUGUCGCAAAGCUCGAUGCUUCUGUAGGUUGCAGAUUGUUUGGUAUUAAUUUGACUUGCAAUUCUCCUCCUUUUCCAUCUCAUCUUGAGAGAGAAUCACCAAGCUUGGUUAUGCCAGCUGCCGUAUCUGAAGUUGAUAAGUUUCACAAUCAAGUGAUAACAAAUCUCACAAAGGAUCAGAAAGUUAUGUCCGAGUCCCCCCAAAAGGACACACAAUGCAAACAUAGUUUUCUUUCCUCGAGAUCUCGUACUAAGGUGCAAAUGCAAGGUGUUGCUGUUGGUCGUGCCAUUGACUUAACCACGUUGAAUGGCUACGAUGAUCUUAUCGAUGAACUGGAGAAAAUGUUUGAAAUUAAUGGAGAGCUGCGCCCUCCAAGCAAAUGGGCAGUUGUGUUUACUGAUGACGAGAAUGACAUGAUGCUUGUGGGCGACGAUUUAUGGACAGACUUCUGUAAGAUGGUGAAAAAGAUCUUCAUAUAUUCAAGCGAGGAAGUAAAGAAGAUGAGUAACUUUAAGCUGCGUGGAUCGUCGGUUGAGUGUGAAGGGAACACUAUUAGCUUGGAUUCGGAACAUAGAGCUGAGGCCUAAUGAUAGAAGUUAGUUUGGGUUUUAUAGUCCUUUAUUUCUCUUCUUUUUUUUUUUUUUUUUGAGGGUUAGUUUUGCUUUCUUAGAGCCUUGACUAGGCAGAAGAAUGAAAAUGGUUGUUGAAGGUGGGGUUCUAGUGUGAAGGUUAGCUUAGCUGUUUAAGUCCUUUCGUUGAAAAGUAGAGCAACUACUUGAAAUCCGGGGUUCUGUGAAUACUCUUUUGUGAAGUGUGUUUUGUUUUGUUUACAUAAAUCAGUUUACAUAUUUAUAAUUAUAAUUAAUAGAUAUCAUGUUUGCAUAUAAG